GGGCGUGGCCGGCGCGCAGAGGGAGGGCGCUGGGAGGAGGGGCUGCUGCUCGGCGCUCGCGGCUCUGGGGGCUCGGCUUUGCCGCGCUCGCUGCACUUGGGCGAGAGCUGGAACGUGGACCAGAGCUCGGAUCCCAUCGCAGCCACCGCGAUGAGAGGCGCUCGCGGCGCCUGGGAUUUUCUCUGUGUUCUGCUCCUACUGCUUCGCGUCCAGACAGGCUCUUCUCAACCAUCUGUGAGUCCAGGGGAACCGUCUCCACCAUCCAUCCAUCCAGGAAAAUCAGACUUAAUAGUCCGCGUGGGCGACGAGAUUAGGCUGUUAUGCACUGAUCCGGGCUUUGUCAAAUGGACUUUUGAGAUCCUGGAUGAAACGAAUGAGAAUAAGCAGAAUGAAUGGAUCACGGAAAAGGCAGAAGCCACCAACACCGGCAAAUACACGUGCACCAACAAACAUGGCUUAAGCAAUUCCAUUUAUGUGUUUGUUAGAGAUCCUGCCAAGCUUUUCCUUGUUGACCGCUCCUUGUAUGGGAAAGAAGACAACGACACGCUGGUCCGCUGUCCUCUCACAGACCCAGAAGUGACCAAUUAUUCCCUCAAGGGGUGCCAGGGGAAGCCUCUUCCCAAGGACUUGAGGUUUGUUCCUGACCCCAAGGCGGGCAUCAUGAUCAAAAGUGUGAAACGCGCCUACCAUCGGCUCUGUCUGCAUUGUUCUGUGGACCAGGAGGGCAAGUCAGUGCUGUCGGAAAAAUUCAUCCUGAAAGUGAGGCCAGCCUUCAAAGCUGUGCCUGUUGUGUCUGUGUCCAAAGCAAGCUAUCUUCUUAGGGAAGGGGAAGAAUUCACAGUGACGUGCACAAUAAAAGAUGUGUCUAGUUCUGUGUACUCAACGUGGAAGAGAGAAAACAGUCAGACUAAACUACAGGAGAAAUAUAAUAGCUGGCAUCACGGUGACUUCAAUUAUGAACGUCAGGCAACGUUGACUAUCAGUUCAGCGAGAGUUAAUGAUUCUGGAGUGUUCGUGUGUUAUGCCAAUAAUACUUUUGGAUCAGCAAAUGUCACAACAACCUUGGAAGUAGUAGAUAAAGGAUUCAUUAAUAUCUUCCCCAUGAUAAACACUACAGUAUUUGUAAACGAUGGAGAAAAUGUAGAUUUGAUUGUUGAAUAUGAGGCAUUCCCCAAACCUGAACACCAGCAGUGGAUCUAUAUGAACAGAACCUUCACUGAUAAAUGGGAAGAUUAUCCCAAGUCUGAGAAUGAAAGUAAUAUCAGAUACGUAAGUGAACUUCAUCUAACGAGAUUAAAAGGCACCGAAGGAGGCACUUACACAUUCCUAGUGUCCAACUCUGAUGUCAAUGCUUCCAUAGCAUUUAAUGUUUAUGUGAAUACAAAACCAGAAAUCCUGACUUACGACAGGCUCGUGAAUGGCAUGCUCCAAUGUGUGGCAGCAGGAUUCCCAGAGCCCACAAUAGAUUGGUAUUUUUGUCCAGGAACUGAGCAGAGAUGCUCUGCUUCUGUACUGCCGGUGGAUGUGCAGACACUAAACUCAUCUGGGCCACCGUUUGGAAAGCUAGUGGUUCAGAGUUCUAUAGAUUCUAGUGCAUUCAAGCACAAUGGCACGGUUGAAUGUAAGGCUUACAACGAUGUAGGCAAGACUUCUGCCUAUUUUAACUUUGCAUUUAAAGGUAACAACAAAGAGCAAAUCCAUCCCCACACCCUGUUCACUCCUUUGCUGAUUGGUUUCGUAAUUGUAGCUGGCAUGAUGUGCAUUAUUGUGAUGAUUCUGACCUACAAAUAUUUACAGAAACCCAUGUAUGAAGUACAGUGGAAGGUUGUUGAGGAGAUAAAUGGAAACAAUUAUGUUUACAUAGACCCAACACAACUUCCUUAUGAUCACAAAUGGGAGUUUCCCAGAAACAGGCUGAGUUUUGGGAAAACCCUGGGUGCUGGAGCUUUCGGGAAGGUUGUUGAGGCAACUGCUUAUGGCUUAAUUAAGUCAGAUGCGGCCAUGACUGUCGCUGUAAAGAUGCUCAAACCAAGUGCCCAUUUAACAGAACGGGAAGCCCUCAUGUCUGAACUCAAAGUCCUGAGUUACCUUGGUAAUCACAUGAAUAUUGUGAAUCUUCUUGGAGCCUGCACCAUUGGAGGGCCCACCCUGGUCAUUACAGAAUAUUGUUGCUAUGGUGAUCUUUUGAAUUUUUUGAGAAGAAAACGUGAUUCAUUUAUUUGUUCAAAGCAGGAAGAUCAUGCAGAAGCUGCACUUUAUAAGAAUCUUCUGCAUUCAAAGGAGUCUUCCUGCAGUGAUAGUACUAAUGAGUACAUGGACAUGAAACCUGGAGUUUCUUAUGUUGUCCCAACCAAGGCCGACAAAAGGAGAUCUGCGAGAAUAGGCUCAUACAUAGAAAGAGAUGUGACUCCUGCCAUCAUGGAGGAUGACGAGUUGGCCCUAGACUUAGAAGACUUGCUGAGCUUUUCUUACCAGGUGGCAAAGGGCAUGGCUUUCCUCGCCUCCAAGAAUUGUAUUCACAGAGACUUGGCAGCCAGAAAUAUCCUCCUUACUCAUGGUCGGAUCACAAAGAUUUGUGAUUUUGGUCUAGCCAGAGACAUCAAGAAUGAUUCUAAUUAUGUGGUUAAAGGAAACGCUCGACUACCUGUGAAGUGGAUGGCACCUGAAAGCAUUUUCAACUGUGUAUACACGUUUGAAAGUGAUGUCUGGUCCUAUGGGAUUUUUCUUUGGGAGCUGUUCUCUUUAGGAAGCAGCCCCUAUCCUGGAAUGCCUGUCGAUUCUAAGUUCUACAAGAUGAUCAAGGAAGGCUUCCGGAUGCUCAGCCCUGAACAUGCACCUGCUGAAAUGUAUGACAUAAUGAAGACUUGCUGGGAUGCAGAUCCCCUAAAAAGACCAACAUUCAAGCAAAUUGUUCAGCUAAUUGAGAAGCAGAUUUCAGAGAGCACCAAUCACAUUUACUCCAACUUAGCAAACUGCAGCCCCAACCGACAGAAGCCCGUGGUGGACCAUUCUGUGCGGAUCAAUUCUGUCGGCAGCACCGCUUCCUCCUCCCAGCCUCUGCUUGUGCACGACGAUGUCUGAGCAGAAUGGGUGUUUGGGUCACCCCUGCAGGAAUGAUCUCUUCUUUUGGCUUCCAUGAUGGUUAUUUUCUUUUCUUUCAACUUGCAUCCAACUCCAGGAUAGUGGGCACCCCACUGCAAUCCUGUCUUUCUGAGCACACUUUAGUGGUCGAUGAUUUUUGUCAUCAGCCACCAUCCUAUUGCAAAGGUUCCAACUGUAUAUAUUCCCAAUAGCAACGUAGCUUCUACCAUGAACAGAAAACAUUCUGAUUUGGAAAAAGAGAGGGAGGUAUGGACUGGGGGGCCAGAGUCCUUUCCAAGGCUCCUCCAAUUCUGCCCAAAAAUAUGGUUGAUAGUUUACCUGAAUAAAUGGUAGUAAUCACAGUUGGCCUUCAGAACCAUCCAUAGUAGUAUGAUGAUACAAGAUUAGAAGCUGAAAACCUAAGUCCUUUAUGUGGAAAACAACAUCAUUAGAACAAAGGACAGAGUAUGAACACCUGGGCUUAAGAAAUCUAGUAUUUCAUGCUGGGAAUGAGACAUAGGCCAUGAAAAAAAUGAUCCCCAAGUGUGAACAAAAGAUGCUCUUCUGUGGACCACCGCAUGAGCUUUUAUACUACUGACCUGGUUUUUAAAUAGAGUUUGCUAUUAGAGCAUUGAAUUGGAGAGAAGGCCUCCCUAGCCAACACUUGUAUAUACGCAUCCAUAAAUUGUCCGUGUUCUUACAUUUGAGGGGAAAACACCAUAAGGUUUCGUUUCUGUAUACAACCCUGGCAUUAUGUCCACUGUGUAUAGAAGUAGAUUAAGAGCCAUAUAAGUUUGAAGGAAACAGUUAAUACCAUUUUGUAAGAAAACAAUAUAACCACAAAGCACAGUUUGAACAAAAUCUCCUCUUUUAGCUGAUGAACUUACUCUAUAGAUUCUGUGGAACAAGCCUAUCAGCUUCAGAAUGGCAUUGUACUCAAUGGAUUUGAUGCUGUUUGACAAAGUUACUGAUUCACUGCAUGGCUCCCACAGGAGUGAGAAAACACUGCUGUCUUAGUUUGGAUUCUUAUGUAGCAGGAAAUAAAGUAUAGGUUUAGCCUCCUUCGCAGGCAUGUCCUGGACGCCGGGCCAGUAUCUAUAUAUGUGUAUGUACGUUUGUAUGUGUGUAGACAAAUAUUUGGAGGGGUAUUUUUGCCCUGAGUCCAAGAGGGUCCUUUAGUACCUGAAAAGUAACUUGGCUUUCAUUAUUAGUACUGCUCUUGUUUCUUUUCACAUAGCUAUCUAGAGUAGCUUACCAGAAGCUUCCAUAGUGGUGCAGAGGAAGUGGAAGGCAUCAGUCCCUAUGUAUUUGCAGUUCACCUGCACUUAAGGCACUCUGUUAUUUAGACUUAUCUGACUGUACCUGUUCCUUAGACCUUCCAUAACGCUACUGUCUCACUGAAACAUUUAAGUUUUACCCUUUAGACUGUAGCCUGGAUAUUAUUCUUGUAGUUUACCUCUUUAAAAACAAAACAAAAAACUCCCCUUCCUCACUGCCCAAUAUAAAAGGUAAAUGUGUACAUGGCAGAGUUUGUGUGUUGUCUUGAAAGAUUCAGGUAUGUUGCCUUUAUGGUUUCCCCCUUCUACAUUUCUUAGACUACAUUUAGAGAACUGUGGCCAUUAUCUGGAAGUAACCAUUUGCACUGGAGUUCUAUGCUCUCGCACCUUUCCAAAGUUAACAGAUUUUGGGGUUGUGUUGUCACCCAAGAGAUUGUUGUUUGCCAUACUUUGUCUGAAAAAUUCCUUUGUGUUUCUAUUGACUUCAAUGAUAGUAAGAAAAGUGGUUGUUAGUUAUAGAUGUCUAGGUACUUCAGGGGCACUUCAUUGAGAGUUUUGUCUUGGAUAUUCUUGAAAGUUUAUAUUUUUAUAAUUUUUUCUUACAUCAGAUGUUUCUUUGCAGUGGCUUAAUGUUUGAAAUUAUUUUGUGGCUUUUUUUGUAAAUAUUGAAAUGUAGCAAUAAUGUCUUUUGAAUAUUCCCAAGCCCAUGAGUCCUUGAAAAUAUUUUUUAUAUAUACAGUAACUUUAUGUGUAAAUACAUAAGCGGCGUAAGUUUAAAGGAUGUUGGUGUUCCACGUGUUUUAUUCCUGUAUGUUGUCCAAUUGUUGACAGUUCUGAAGAAUUCUAAUAAAAUGUACAUAUAUAAAUCAA